AUGGACUCCGUAUCAGAAAAACUACAAAUAUUCCAACCGGUCAACGUAGAUGAAUCCAUUGCUCGAGAAGAAUGGCAUACGUAUCACCCGUUCACCAAAUCAUUUAAGAACAGCGAUGAGAUAGAAAUUGUUAUUAAUCAACAGGAUGUGUUUAUGGAUAUUAGCCAGGGUGAAUUAUACAUUGAGGCCAAAUUUCUGGAAGAAGUAUCGACAGUUGUGAAAACAGGAAAAUGUUCCCUGACAAAUAACGUUGGAGCAUUUCUAUUUGAAUCGAUAACGUAUGAAUUGAAUGGAAAAUUAAUCGAUAAAGUACGAGAUCCAGGGCUUAUAAGUACCGUUAAAAGUCUUUUGUGUCUCAAUCAAAAUGAAAGUACUGCCCUUGAUGUGGCGGGAUGGAAUUGGCCGAACGGUACUGUGAAAUCAUAUGAGCCAGAAACGGAUAAUUUCAGUCUCCUAAUACCGUUGAAUUUCCUAUUGAACGUCUUCUCCGAUUAUACUAGCGCUAUUAUUAUGGGAACGCAGAAAUUAAAGCUUGUACGUGCCAAAAAGAUGAUAACUGUUAUGUUAAUUCAGAGGGAAACAAGAAAGCAGACAUCACCAUUUUGA